AUGGCCACACAACACAACAUCACGACCACAUUACCGCUCAAAACAGGUGCAUCGAUCCCACAGUUCGGCUUCGGUACCUGCGCGAGCGCUACCUGUACCCAGUCUGCACUCUGGGCACUCCAACAUGGCUACAUCCACCUCGACACAGCUCAGAUCUACAAGAACGAAGCAGAAACCGGUGAAGCCAUAGCUCAAUCCAACUUUUCUCACGACAAGAUCUUUGUCUGCAGCAAAUUAUGGGAGGAUAUGUACUCGCGCCAGGGUGCCCUUGACGGCGUGGAAAGCAGUCUGAAGAAACUAGGAUUGAAGACAAUAGAUCUCUAUCUCUUACAUACACCGCGUCCUGGGCCGAAAGCACGAUUAGAAGCGUGGCUGGGAUUGCAGGAUGCAGUCGAAAAAGGUUGGGUAAAGACUAUCGGUGUGAGCAAUUGGGCGCCACGCCACAUUGAGCAACUCAUGAAACAAGAUGGUGUAAAGAUCAUGCCUGCGGUGAAUCAAAUCGAGUUCCAUCCAUGGCAGCAGCAUCGCGAGCUCGUGAAAUACUGCAAGGAAAAGGGAAUAGUGGUAGUCGCUUAUUCGCCAUUAACACAAGGACGACGAUUAGGCGACGCAACGAUCACAGCAAUUGCUGAGAAAUAUGGUCGGACUCCUGCACAAGUCGUGUUGAGAUGGUGUUUGCAGCAGGGAGUGGUUAUAAUCCCGAAAAGUGAUAAGGAGAAUAGAAUUGUGGAAAAUCAGGGUAUUUUUGACUGGGAACUGAAAUCUGAAGAUGUUGAGGCCAUCAAUGCUCUUGAUGAGGGCCAGAAAGGCAAUGUAGGAUGA